AUGUGUUGUUGUCCUGUGGAACAGCUGUGCCCUGAGGGACUAGGGUAGGAUGUGCUCUCCUCUCCUCUGGGUAGCCAUGUGGGUCAGGUGAUAGGCCUUGGUAGGGUUGACUGAGAACACACGCACCACCGGCCUAUUAAGCUAAGUGGAAUUCAACCAUUUUGGAUGCUGCAGAGAUACAAAUGUCACGCACAAACCUGGCACGAUUCCCUAUUCUACUGGGUAGAGAAUAAUGUCUGCCCAGGACACCUUUCUCUCUGAGCGUUCUGUAAUGCAGUCUCCUGGAUAAGUGCUGACUUCCAAGUUCAGGGUGUUUUCUUGUAUUGAUUGUUCCUUCUCUGCUGUGUGCGUGGUAGCCUGCCUAUGACAGUGAGAUGGACUCAAAUACAGAGGCCCUCUGUGCACUAUGACCAACGACGUGCCCCAGACUCCCUUUGGAUGGAUACAUCUCUAACCAUCCAAUGACCAACCCAGAGACAAAUAUUCAGAAACCCUCUACAAACAACAACAAACCUAUUUUUAAAACAUGGCUCUGGACUCGAUUCCCACGGGGGACCAGUAUGAAAAUGUAUUCACUAACUGUAAGUUGCUCUGGAUAAGAGCGUCUGCUAAAUGAGUAAAAUGUAAAUGGACCAACCUCUCUCUUUCUCUCUCCAGCCCAUAGGAAUAUAAUUACUGUACUAUUCUAAAUCUAGUCAUUCUACUGCUACGCCCAAGCCACUGAUUAUGAUUCAUAUUAAUGUUAGUCAUGCGUUAGGAAAAAGAGUGAUCUGCGAUGUUCUGGACUGUGAGCCACUUACAUCCAGAGAUCAACUGGCGAAAAGCUGGUUUAUCCUCCAGCUCUCUAGCCUCUGAACAAUGCCCCUGGCUUGCUCCAACACGUGAUCACAUUCACCACAGCAGGACUGGGGAAAGAGGGAGAGAGAGAGAGGAUGGUAGAGUGAUAGAUCGAGAGAGAGUAGCAGUGAGGGGGAGGGGGGGGGGGGGGGGGAGCGGGAGGGAGAGCGAGAGGGGACAGGAGAGACCGAGAGUAGCAUUGGAUAGAGAGAGGGGGGGGAGUGGGGAAAGCGGGAGGGAGGGAGGGAGAGCGAGAAGGGACAGGAGAGAGAGGAGAGGGGGAGAGACCGAGAGUAGCAUUGGAUAGAGAGAGGGGGGGGAGUGGGCAAAGCGGGAGGGAGGGAGAGAGAGCGAGAAGGGACAUGAGAGAGAGGAGAGGGGGAGAGACCGAGAGUAGCACUGGAUAGAGAGAGAACAGAGUGCUCCAAGUGAAAGUAACUGAAUACAUGUUCACUGCUCCGCUCCUUGCUUAAUCCCCAUGUUUAUGGUUUCAGCCCUCUCUGUAACCCCUCCCCCACUGUGUUAUCGCUGUGUAUUAUCACUGUGGCAUUUGGUUUAUUUAAUACCCUGUUCCUGCCCAUCCCUGCCUGACUGGCUGGAAAUAUGGUGACUGGCACACUGACCAAACUGCAGCUAAAGCCACUUCUUAAAUUAGUUGAGCCUCCCAAAUGGCACCCUAUUCCCUAUGUAGUGCACUACUUUUGACCAGAGCCCUAUGGGAUGCAAACAUGGUGACUGGCCCACUGCCGAGGCUUCAGCAACUUCAUGAAAUUGUAUUUCUGUUUCCGUGUUGCAUUAUUGGCCUGUGGUGAAAUAAGGUAAAUAAUGUUGACGUGUAAAAAAAAAAAAAAAUUACAUUUCAAGAAGUCAGCUUUAAAAAGGUAUUACUUUUAUUGCAUUACCUGAGUGGCUGUUUAUCAUUACCACCCCUGCUAUUGACAUAAGGCAGUUUGUAGGUUAGUGUGUAUGUCUCCUGUUGGGUUUAGUGUGUAUGUCUCCUGUUGUGUUAGUGUGUAUGUCUCCUGCUGUGUUAGUGUGUAUGUCUCCUGUUGUGUUAGUGUGUAUGUAUCCUGUUGUGUUUAGUGUGUAUGUCUCCUGUUGUGUUUAGUGUGUAUGUCUCCUGUUGUGUUAGUGUGUAUGUCUCCUGUUGUGUUAGUGUGUAUGACUCCUGUUGUGUUUAGUGUGUAUGUCUCCUGUUGUGUUUAGUGUGUAUGUCUCCUGUUGUGUUAGUGUGUAUGUAUCCUGUUGUGUUAGUGUGUAUGUCUCCUGUUGGGUUUAGUGUGUAUGUCUCCUGUUGGGUUUAGUGUGUAUGUCUCCUGUUGGGUUUAGUGUGUAUGUCUCCUGUUGUGUUAGUGUGUAUGUCUCCUGUUGUGUUAGUGUGUAUGUCUCCUGUUGUGUUAGUGUGUAUGUCUCCUGUUGUGUUUAGUGUGUAUGUCUCCUGUUGUGUUAGUGUGUAUGUCUCCUGUUGUGUUUAGUGUGUAUGUCUCCUGUUGUGUUAGUGUGUAUGUCUCCUGUUGUGUUAGUGUGUAUGUCUCCUGUUGUGUUAGUGUGUAUGUCUCCUGUUGGGUUUAGUGUGUAUGUCUCCUGUUGGGUUUAGUGUGUAUGUCUCCUGUUGGGUUUAGUGUGUAUGUCUCCUGUUGUGUUAGUGUGUAUGUCUCCUGUUGUGUUAGUGUGUAUGUCUCCUGUUGUGUUUAGUGUGUAUGUCUCCUGUUGUGUUAGUGUGUAUGUCUCCUGUUGGGUUUAGUGUGUAUGUCUCCUGUUGUGUUAGUGUGUAUGUCUCCUGUUGGGUUUAGUGUGUAUGUCUCCUGUUGUGUUUAGUGUGUAUGUCUCCUGUUGUGUUUAGUGUGUAUGUCUCCUGUUGGGUUUAGUGUGUAUGUCUCCUGUUGGGUUUAGUGUGUAUGUCUCCUGUUGUGUUUAGUGUGUAUGUCUCCUGUUGUGUUAGUGUGUAUGUCUCCUGUUGUGUUUAGUGUGUAUGUCUCCUGUUGGGUUUAGUGUGUAUAUCUCCUGUUGUGUUUAGUGUGUAUGUCUCCUGUUGUGUUUAGUGUGUAUGUCUCCUGUUGGGUUUAGUGUGUAUGUCUCCUGUUGUGUUUAGUGUGUAUGUCUCCUGUUGGGUUUAGUGUGUAUGUCUCCUGUUGGGUUUAGUGUGUAUGUCUCCUGUUGUGUUUAGUGUGUAUGUCUCCUGUUGUGUUUAGUGUGUAUGUCUCCUGUUGGGUUUAGUGUGUAUGUCUCCUGUUGGGUUUAGUGUGUAUGUCUCCUGUUGGGUUUAGUGUGUGUCUCCUGUUGGGUUUAGUGUGUAUGUCUCCUGUUGUGUUAGUGUGUAUGUCUCCUGUUGUGUUUAGUGUGUAUGUCUCCUGUUGGGUUAGUGUGUAUGUCUCCUGUUGUGUUAGUGUGUAUGUCUCCUGUUGGGUUUAGUGUGUAUGUCUCCUGUUGUGUUAGUGUGUAUGUCUCCUGUUGUGUUUAGUGUGUAUGUCUCCUGUUGUGUUUAGUGUGUAUGUCUCCUGUUGUGUUUAGUGUGUAUGUCUCCUGUUGGGUUUAGUGUGUAUGUCUCCUGUUGUGUUUAGUGUGUAUGUCUCCUGUUGUGUUUAGUGUGUAUGUCUCCUGUUGGGUUUAGUGUGUAUGUCUCCUGUUGGGUUUAGUGUGUAUGUCUCCUGUUGGGUUUAGUGUGUAUGUCUCCUGUUGUGUUUAGUGUGUAUGUCUCCUGUUGGGUUUAGUGUGUAUGUCUCCUGUUGUGUUUAGUGUGUAUGUCUCCUGUUGUGUUUAGUGUGUAUGUCUCCUGUUGGGUUUAGUGUGUAUGUCUCCUGUUGGGUUUAGUGUGUAUGUCUCCUGUUGUGUUUAGUGUGUAUGUCUCCUGUUGUGUUAGUGUGUAUGUCUCCUGUUGGGUUUAGUGUGUAUGUCUCCUGUUGGGUUUAGUGUGUAUGUCUCCUGUUGUGUUUAGUGCUCCACUACCUUACAGGUGGUAGUGUUAUUAUGCUGACCUAACCACUGUAGUAGGACGCUAUUAUGCCGUUUUGUAAACGAGUUGUUUACUGCUUUAAGGACCACCAUCUGCUUUAAUGACCAUCAUCUGUUUUUCAGUUGUAUUUAAUGUUCCGUUUUUUUUUUUGCUGCCAUUUGAUAAAAUCAAUAAACCACCCCUGAUUUACUGGACUGUGUUGUUGUUGUUGUUGUUGUUUUUGUUGUAGGCUUAUCUAGUAUUACAGGCACGCGCCUAACAAAGACAGUUCUGGUGACUUUAGGGCUCGCCUACUUUUCAAUGUAUUUUAUAUUUAAUUGCAAUGCUCCGUCUGUAUCGCACAUAAUCGAGAAAGUAAACUGAUUUAUGACGUAAUUUACGUAAUAUACGUAAUCAAAAAUGUAUCGCUCGCUACCUAGACUAGAGCCAGUGAUUUAGGUCUAUAUAGACCAUCAAACUACUUAUGAAUUGAUUCGUCGUGAGAGAGGUAAGGUUCGUCAUUUCAAUGUAAAUGUUUUUGGGCUGCUUUGCUUGAUUUUCUAUGUUAUUUCUGUUGUCAAUUUCCUUUGUGACCGUCAAACCUUUGAGUGCGUAGGUACGUACGGAGUCGUGCGCGCAUCUCUUAGCUCGAGCCAAAGAUGGUUGAUAAAUAAAGAUGUCUCACAAGGGCCGUUUACCGUUGAUAAAAAUGGUCACAGUUCUGGUCUGCGUAAGGGGUGGCUCUCCCAUAGGAACCAAUGCAUUAGCAGCUUGGUCUAGUCUGCUUAGUUCAUUCACUGUGUAUAAAACAGAAAAAAGGAGCGAGUAACAUGUCUCGCUUACUCUUCCGUCUCUGGCCGAAGUAUUGCACUGUUGCGUCAGUCCCGCAUCACAGAGGCCAGAGCCAAAACCAUAUCAAAGAAACUGAUCAAACGUACAAAGGGGGCUCUAGUUAUUUUCACAUCAAAUAAAAAAUGUAUUGCCUGUUUCUGUAUAAGCCCUGCAGAAGCCUGUCACUAGUGGAUUAAUACAAUUGUUUGGAUAGAUUUUAAUGAGCUCAAAAUAGUCUGCAUUUCCCGAAAAUACAUCAAUCUAUCCAUUAUCCAUUCGUGUCUCCAUGGAUGUAUCCAUACAUUUUUGGAUAUGCCUACAAAUGUACCAUAUCCAUAUUCUAUUCUAUUAUUUGUUACUCUUCUCUACUCUUCUCUACUAGUUCAACAGAAUCCCAACACAUUGAGAUAGUCCUCUCUUCCUGGGUGAUUUGGGUGGUCCAGUGGAGAGCCUGUGGAAAGGUCAGAGGUCGAGAUGCCCGUGUACCGAGCCCCGCUGGGUGCUGGCGUCCUGGGGGAGGAUGGCGAUGAUGAUGAAGAUGACACAGAGGAGGAACUCCCGUCCAUCUUGCCCGUCCUGGACGAGAGGCGGAGGCGCGGUGAGCAGAUCAACAAGAUCAGGGACUUCCUGAACUCAGCCGUGGAGAGGGAGACAGACCUCGCCCUCCUACUGGACUGGCUCACUGAAGCACGUGAGUGACUGCACCUCAAAUGGCACCCUAUUCCCUAUAUAGUGCACUACUUUUGACCAGGGCCCAUAGGGCUCCGGGUCAAAAGUAGUGCACAAUCUCUGAUCAAAAGUAGUGCACUAUAUAGGGAAUAGGGUGCCAUCUGGGACUCAAACCCUGAAUUGGAUAUUUAAUACAUUUUAUAGGGAUGUCUAUCUAUCUAUGCAAAUUGUCAAAUGCAUUGUUUAUGUGAGUGAAUGUGCUUGUACUUCCUAUUUCCAAAAUCAAAUGACUGGGUGGUGUGUAGACAUUACUCAUGUCGUAAACCUGCACAGCCUGGUCUCAUAGACUAGACGUAACAUAGUAAAUGAAAUUCCGGUACACUCAAAUUAGUAUGAUAUAUUACAUUUGGUAUGGUUACAUAAGACAGAAGGUUACUUAAGGCAAAAACUAAAGGAAAGGAAAGGUAAAGGGGGAUACCUAGUCAGUACAACUGAAUGCAUUCAACUGAAAUGUGUCUUCCGCAUUUAACCCAACCCCUCUGUGCUGGGUGGUUGGAUGGGCAUAUAAUGCGAAUGUCUAGCAACCCAAAGGUUGCGUGUUCAAGUGUCGUCACAGACAACUUUAGCAUUUUAGCUAAUAAGCAACUUUGCAACUACUUACUACUUUUUAGCUACUAUUUGCAAGUACUUAGCAUGUUAGCUAACCCUAACCUUAACCUAUUAACAUAACUCCUAACCCUAACCUUAACCUCUAACCCUAACCCCUAGCCUAGCUAGCCUUAGCCACCUAGCUAACAUUAGCCGUAGCUACCUAGCUAACGUUAGCAUUAGCCACCUAGCUGUCUCCUGAGUGGCGCAGUGGUCUAAAGCUAGAGAUCCUGGUUCGAAUCCAGGCUCUGUCGCAGCCGGCCGCGACCAGGAGACUCAUGGGCGGCGCACAAUUGGCAAUUGCAAUGCCAGGGUUGUGGGUUCGAUUCCCACGGGGGGCCAGUAUGAAAAAGAAAAAAAUAUGUAUGUAUUCACUAACUGUAAGUCACUCUGGAUAAGAGCGUCUGCUAAAUGGCUAAAAUGUAAAAUGUAGCUAACUUUAGCUACAACGGUCCUCUGUAGCUCAGCUGGUAGAGCACGGCGCUUGUAACGCCAAGGUAGUGGGUUCGAUCCCCGGGACCACCCAUACACAAAAAUGUAUGCACGCAUGACUGUAAGUCGCUUUGGAUAAAAGCGUCUGCUAAAUGGCAUAUUAUAUUAUUAUUAUUAUAACAAAAAGGUAUUCGUAACAUAUCAUAGGUAUUGCAAAUUCGUAACAUAUCAUAUGAAUUGUAAUUCGUAACAUAUCAUACAAAUUUCAAUCGUAACAUAUCAUACGAAAUGGAUGAUGGACAUUCACAAAUUAAUACAUACCAUACCAAAUGUAACAUAUCACACUAAUUUGAGUGUCCCGGAUUUUCAUUACUAUGCUACGUCUACCCCUGAGUCCAGGUUGACCUGCUGGACAUGUUUUGCAUUGGCUACACUGUAAUUACUGCAGUAACCCUGUUCAGUCUUGAUUAUAGGUUCUUGAACUUGUCCCAAGCAUAACAAUGUGUUCAUCUGGAAUAGUUAGCUAACUUUUUUCGGGAGACUUAUUCAUACUGGUUUCGAAUGUCAGACUUUUAAACCUGCGAUAUGGUUACAUAAAUCACCACUGGGAUAUAGGGCUACUCAUUUGGCACCUUGAUGUCACUUUAUCGCUAACCACCACACCUGUGCAUGUCUCUACCCAUACCCCUGUCUAGUGUAUAGGCAUAAUCAAUACGCAAUCAAUUUUUACAUUUUUAGUCAUUUAGCAGACGCUCUUAUCCAGAGCGACUUACAAUAUUAUCUCUGUUCUACGGUCUACAGAGGAGUCACUACAGACGUUUGAGAAUGAGAGAGAAAGAAAGAAAGAGGGGGAGGAGGAGGAGGUGACAUCAGAAUGGAUUGAAGACAUACACAGAAAGUUGGAGAUGUCUAUCAAUGAUACGGACGGCUGCAUUCACCGCCUACGUGGCCUCUGCCAAGGCCUCUUUAAUACCGACGUGAAAAAGACCAAGAAGGAGGAAGCUGGUGAGAUUGAGUAUGAGAAGAUAAACGCAUAAUGUCUCUAGUAUUUCUGACAAAUAGAUUCUCGUUAAGACUCACUUGCUCUCCACAGAAGUCUUGAUUUCACUCUAACUAACUAACUAACUGUAUUAUGACGUGAAUACUUUAGUAGUAUGACUGAAUGUUCUCCAGUGAACGUUCUGUGAUGAUAGCAGGCCUAUGUUCUAGCUGAGGAGAGUGUAUCCUCAUAAUGCUGAAUGGCUAAUGCUACAGAGUGUAUUUGCAGCUCUGAAUAAGGGUGGUGUGUGGCGCUGGUGGAGGGAGCAGAAGGUGGACGCCCGGACCAUCAAACGGAUCCAGGAGCUCCAGCCCCCUGCUGCGGAUGUGUUUCUAGCUGACGUCAACCUGGCCACCAAUUCUGCCACGGAGCUGUCCUUCAUGCUCUUAGACAUAGCCAAGUCACUAGGCUGCAACAAGAGAAUGAGUCUGGCCUUUAAGUUCGUAACGGUAGGUCGCACACCAGACCUUAACGGUAGGUCGCACACCAGACCGUAACGGUAUGUCGCACACCAGACCGUAACGGUAGGUCGCACACCAGACCCUAACGGUAGGUCGCACACCAGACCGUAACGGUAGGUCGCACACCAGACCCUAAAGGUAGGUCGCACACCAGACCGUAACGGUAGGUCGCACACCAGACCGUAACGGUAGGUCUCACACCAGACCGUAACGGUAGGUCUCACACCAGAUCGUAACGGUAGGUCUCACACCAGACCGUAACGGUAGGUCGCACACCAGACCCUAACGGUAGGUCGCACACCAGACCCUAACGGUAGGUCGCACACCAGACCGUAACGGUAGGUCGCACACCAUUUUUUUACAUAAUUUUAGUCAUUUAGCAGACGCUCUUAUCCAGAGCGACUUACAGUUAGUGAAUACAUAUUUUUUUUAUACUGGCCCCCCGUGGGAAUCGAACCCACAACCCUGGCGUUGCAAACGCCAUGCUCUAUCAACUGAGCUACAUCCCUGCCGGCCAUUCCCUCCCCUACCCUGGACGACGCUGGGCCAAUUGUGCGCCGCCCAUGAGUCUCCCGGUCGCGGCCGGCUGCGACAGAGCCUGGAUUCGAACCAGGAUCUCUAGUGGCACAGUUAGCACUGCGAUGCAGUGCCUUAGACCACUGCGCCACUCAGGACCGUAACGGUAGGUCGCACACCAGACCGUAACGGUAGGUCGCACACCAGACCCUAAAGGUAGGUCGCACACCAGACCCUAACGGUAGGUCUCACACCAGACCCUAACGGUAGGUCGCACACCAGACCCUAACGGUAGGUCGCACACCAGACCGUAACGGUAGGUCGCACACCAGACCGUAACGGUAGGUCGCACACCAGACCCUAACGGUAGGUCGCACACCAGACCGUAACGGUAGGUCUCACACCAGACCGUAACGGUAGGUCUCACACCAGACCCUAACGGUAGGUCGCACACCAGACCGUAACGGUAGGUCGCACACCAGACCGUAACGGUAGGUCGCACACCAGACCGUAACGGUAGGUCGCACACCAGACCGUAACGGUAGGUCGCACACCAGACCGUAACGGUAGGUCGCACACCAGACAGUUCUCUGGGGACAUGUAUUGGUCUGCUAAGGCCAGGAUUUUAUCAAAGGCACUUCGUCCGCUAGUGCACUGCACUUGACUCACACCAGACAGUUCUCUGCACUUGACUCACACCAGACAGUUCUCUGCACUUGACUCACACCAGACAGUUCUCUGCACUUGACUCACACCAGACAGUUCUCUGCACUUGACUUAUUUAAGUUUGAGCCUACCGCCACAGAGUUGACCAUGAAUGUUAUCUCCGUCUGGGAAAUUGCCAUUAAAAUGUGCAUUGUCAAAAGUGCAGUGUGCUUGUCAAUGAUACGCUUUCGAUUGGCCUCAAUUUUUAAUGUAUGCACUCACUGCACUGUAAGUCACAUUGAAUUAAAGCCUCUGCUAAAUGGUAUACACAUACGUUUCGUUAUGAUCAGGUAGGGCUGCAGAACCUUAACCAAGCGUUCCAGGAACGCACCAAGGAAGCCGGGAAGCUUCUGGCACGGGUGGAGAAGCUGCAGUCUGUGGACUGUGGCUUCGAGCUGGCCCAGAUGAAGAUCCAACUGGGAGACAGUCAGAUCAAGAUGACCAAGCUGGAGGAUGAGCUGGCAUCAGUCAGGGAGCAGAAAGAUGCUCUACUGUUCCAGAUCCAACAGAUGCAUGAGAUCCCAAAACAUCCAAGGCUGAAACAACAGAUAAUGGUCGUUGCUCCCCCAAAAAUCGUACAGGAUGCUCCAGUUCGCAACGACCAGCUGGUUCUGCAACCAACCCCCAAGCCUAAGUACCCCAAACGGAGGCCGAAACCAAAGCCAGAGCCAGGCCAGCCUGUUGGCGAAGAAGUCGAAGAAGUCGAGUCUCUGGAAGACAUCUCAGUGGAUCCAGAAGAUAUCAUAGAAGAGGUGGAGAAGAAGAGCAUUGAUCUUCUGGAGGACAUCCAGAAGUCUGUAUUUAAGCUCAUUGAGCAGUGCGUGGUGUCACUCCCUGGUAACAAGGACAAGGGGAAAGAUGGCGAGCUGCUGGAAGGGAUGGAUGCGGCCAGCAGAAAAGCCAAGGCAGCUGAUGUCAUCAAGCUGUACUGCGUUCUACAGAGGUCCAUCAGAGACUCUUUCAAUGGCAUGAUCACGAAGCUCCAGGUAGGAGCACAUCAGCAUAUUGUUGCAAAUUCGGGGGGUAGCCCCGGUCCAGCGAAUGUCAACCCAACACCUUAGCCAUUACACCAAGAGAUCCGAACAUCUCGAUGAGGUCGCUAGGUGUUGGGUUAGGUGUUGGGUGAAGUUUUCUGCAUCAUACUAGCCGACAUUUUGUCUUUAUUUUAUUCUUAGGGACCUUUGUCCCACAGACAUUCUCUCAUUGUGGUGACUCCCCUCUAGGGAAAGUUUGCCGACGACAUCAUAGACGUGCCGCUCAUGGACAACGACAACAAACUGGACGAAUCAGCGUUCUGGGACUCAACCCAGAAGACUCCAGGAGACAUGCUGAAGGAGAUCAGCAAUGAGAUCCAGAACCACGACCGCAUGGUGAAGGAUGCCGGAGCCAACAUACAAGCACUCUUUGACAUGGAAGGUGAAAGGAUGGAUAGAUUGAUGAAUGAAUGAAUACGUUGCCUCAGCCAUUGGAGUACAACAAUACAUACAUAAAAAAAAUCAUCAAGAAUUAAUAACACAAUGAAUUCUAACAACUUACAUGGAAAGAAGUUGUUGGAAUUGAUUGUGUUUUUAAUUCUUGAUGAUUGUUUAUGUAUGUAUUGUUGCACUCCAAUGGUGGUCCUCGUUAGGUAAGAAGACUUUGUCGAACCUCAAGGGGAAGAGUCAUCGCCACUCCCUGAACAUCAUCAUGGACCAGUUCAAGAACCUCAACGAGAUGGGCAAGAAGCAGGUCUUUAUUUAUUUUUUCAUCCCAAAUGGCACCAUAUUCACUAUAUAGUGCACUACUUUUGACCCGAGCCCCGUGUGACUAAAUAGGAAACUAAGUCACUACAUAGGGAAUAGGGUGCCAUUUGGAAGACACCCUCCAUAACUAUAGCACUUUACUGAAAGCACUUAUGUAAGCAUGUAGUUAUAUUCAAUCAUGCCUUUAGCCUAGGUAGCCUGUAGUUUUGGUCUGUAUUUACAAUGAGGGAAAAAAAGUAUUUGAUCCCCUGUUGAUUUUGUACGUUUGCCCACUGACAAAGAAAAUGAUCAGUCUAAAAUUUUAAUGGUAGGUUUAUUUGAACAGUGAGAGACAGAAUAACAACAAAAAAAUCCAGAAAAACGCAUGUCAAAAAUGUUAUAAAUUGAUUUGCAUUUUAAUGAGGGAAAUAAGUAUUUGACCCCCUCUCAAUCAGAAAGAUUUCUGGCUCCCAGGUGUCUUUUAUACAGGUAACGAGCUAAGAUUAGGAGCACACUCUUAAAGGGAGUGCUCCUAAUCUCAGCUUGUUACCUGUAUAAAAGACACCUGUCCAUAGAAGCAAUCAAUCAAUCAGAUUCCAAACUCUCCACCAUGGCCAAGACCAAAGAGCUCUCCAAGGAUGUCAGGGACAAGAUUGUAGACCUACACAAGGCUGGAAUGGGCUACAAGACCAUCGCCAAGCAGCAUGGUGAGAAGGUGACAACAGUUGGUGCGAUUAUUCGCAAAUGGAAGAAACACAAAAGAACUGUCAAUCUCCCUCGGCCUGGGGCUCCAUGCAAGAUCUCACCUCGUGGAGUUGCAAUGAUCAUGAGAACGGUGAGGAAUCAGCCCAGAACUACACGGGAGAAUCUUGUCAAUGAUCUCAAGGCAGCUGGGAUCAUAGUCACCAAGAAAACAAUUGGUAACACACUACGCAGUGAAGGACUGAAAUCCUGCAGCGCCCGCAAGGUCCCCCUGCUCAAGAAAGCACAUAUACAGGGCUGUCUGAAGUUUGCCAAUGAACAUCUGAAUGAUUCAGAGGAGAACUGGGUGAAAGUGUUGUGGUCAGAUGAGACCAAAAUCGAGCUCUUUGGCAUCAACUCAACUCGCCGUGUUUGGAGGAGGAGGAAUGCUGCCUAUGACCCCAAGAACACCAUCCCCACCGUCAAACAGCUGAUGCCUGCUGGACUGUUCCUUUACACGGUACCCUGUCCUGUUUAUUCUGUUUAGUCUUAGCCCAAACGUUAUCGCCAUUUCCAGUUGUUGUCUUAGCUCUCUCUAAUAACACCUGUGACUGCUUUAUGCCUCUCUCCCAUGUCAAUUAUGCCUUGCCUAUUGCUGUUUGGGUUAGUUCUUAUUAUACAAUUUCACUGUAGAACCCCUAGUCCCUCUCAAACUGCCUCAUAUAGUGCCUUUGUUCCACCCCCUAUACACGCCGAGACCGGCUCAAUCGGUGCAUCCAAUGACGCUAUCUCUUUCAUUGUUACCCAACGCUUAGGGUUACCUGAACUGUACUCAUAUCCUUCCAUAUCCUUUUCUGUACAUAAUGCCCUGAAUCUUUUCUACAACGCCCGGAGAACUGCCCCCUUUAUUCUAUGUACCCAACGCACUAGAAGACCAGUUCUUAAAGCCUUUAGUCGUAUCCUUAUUCUAGUCCUCCUCUGUUCCUCUGGUGAUGUAGAGGCUAACCCAGGCCCUGCAGCCCCCAGUAUCACUCCUACUCCCCAGGAGCUAUCAUUUGUUGACUUCUGUAACCGUAAAAGUCUUGGUUUUUUGCACAUAAAUAUCAGAAGCCUCCUUCCUAAGUUUGAGUUAUUCACUGCGUUAGCACACUCCGCCAACCCUGAUGUUCUAGCAGUGUCUGAAUCCUGGCUUAGGAAGGCCACCAAAAAUUCUGAAAUUUCCAUCCCCAACUAUAACAUUUUCCGUCUAGAUAGAACUGCCAAAGGGGGUGGAGUUGCAAUCUACUGUAGAGAUAGCCUGCAGAGCUCUAUCAUACUAUCCAGGUCUGUGCUCAAACAGUUUGAGCUUCUACUUCUAAAAAUCCACCUUUCCAGAAAUAAAUCUCUCACUGUUGCCGCUUGCUACAGACCCCCCUCAGCCCCCAGCUGUGCCCUGGACACCAUAUGUGAAUUGAUUGCCCCCCAUCUAUCCUCAGAGUUCGUACUGCUUGGUGACCUAAAUUGGGAUAUGCUUAACACCCCGGCCAUCCUACAAUCUAAACUAGAUGCCCUCAAUCUCACACAAAUUAUCAACGAACCUACCAGGUACAACCCUAAAUCCGUAAACAUGGGUACCCUCAUAGAUAUCAUCCUGACUAACUUACCCUCUAAAUACACCUCCGCUGUCUUCAACCAGGAUCUCAGCGAUCACUGCCUUAUUGCCUGUGUCCGUAACGGGUCCGCGGUCAAACAACCACCCCUCAUCACUGUCAAACGCUCCCAAAAACACUUCAGCGAGCAGGCCUUCCUAAUUGACCUGGCCCAGGUAUCCUGGAUGGAUAUAGAUCUCAUUCCGUCAGUAGAGGAUGCCUGGUUGUUCUUUAAAAGUAAUUUCCUCUCAAUCUUAAAUAGACAUGCCCCAUUCAAAAAAUACAGAACUAAGAACAGAUAUAGCCCCUGGUUCUCCUCAGACUUGACUGCCCUUGACCAGCACAAUACAUCCUGUGGCGUACUGCAUUAGCAUCAAAUAGCCCCCGCGAUAUGCAACUUUUCAGGGAAGUUAUGAACCAAUAUACACAAGCAGUUAGGAAAGCAAAGGCUAACUUUUUCAAACAGAAAUUUGCAUCCUGUAGCACUAACUCCAAAAAGUUUUGGGACACUGUAAAGUCCAUGGAAAAUAAGAGCACUUCCUCCCAACUGCCCACUGCACUGAGGCUAGGAAACACUAUCACCACCGAUAAAUCUACAAUAAUCGAGAAUUUCAACAAUCAUUUUGCUACGGCUGGCCAUGCUUUCCACCUGGCUACCACUACCCCGGCCACCAACCCUGCACCCUCUGCUGCAACUUGCCCAUGCCCCCCCGCUUCUCCUUCACACAAAUCCAGACAGCUGAUGUUCUAAAAGAGCUGCAAAAUCUGGACCCCUACAAAUCAUCUGGGCUAGACAAUCUGGACCCUUUCUUUCUAAAACUAGCCGCCGAAAUUGUCGCAACCCCUAUUACUAGCCUGUUCAACCUCUCUUUCGUAACGUCUGAGAUCCCCAGAGAUUGGAAAGCUGCCGCGGUCAUCCCCCUCUUCAAAGGGGGUGACACUCUAGAUCCAAACUGUUACAGACCCAUAUCCAUCCUGCCCUGCCUUUCAAAAGUUUUUGAAAGGCAAGUCAACAAACAGAUCACUGACCAUUUCGAAUCCCACCGUACCUUCUCCGCUAUGCAAUCCGGUUUCCGAGCUGGUCAUGGGUGUACUUCAGCCACGCUCAAGGUCCUAAACGAUAUUAUAACCGCGAUCGAUAAUAGACAGUACUGUGCAGCCGUUUUCAUUGACCUGGCCAAGGCUUUCGACUCUGUCAACCACCGCAUUCUUAUUGGCAGACUAAAUAGCCUUGGUUUCUCAAAUGACUGCCUCGCCUGGUUCACCAACUACUUCUCAGAUAGAGUUCAAUGUGUCAAAUCGGAGGGCCUGUUGUCUGGACCUAUGGCAGUCUCUAUGGGGGUGCCACAGGGUUCAAUUCUUGGGCCGACUCUUUUCUCUGUGUAUAUCAAUGAUGUCGCUCUUGCUGCUGGUGACUCUCAGAUCCACCUCUACGCAGAUGACACCAUUUUGUAUACAUCUGGCCCUUCAUUGGACACUGUGUUAACAAACCUCCAAACGAGCUUCAAUUCCAUACAACACUCCUUCAGUAGCCUCCAACUGCUCUUAAACACUAGUAAAACUAAAUGCAUACUCUUCAACCGAAUGCUGCUUGCACCCGCCCACCCGACUAGAAUCACUACACUCGACGGGUCUGACCUAGAGUAUGUGGACAACUACAAAUAUCUAGGUGUCUGGUUAGACUGUAAACUCUCCUUCCAGACUCACAUUAAGAAUCUCCAAUCCAAAGUUAAAUCUAGAAUCGGUUUCCUAUUUCGCAACAAAGCCUCCUUCACUCAUGCUGCCAAACAUGCCCUCGUAAAACUGACUAUCCUACCGAUCCUUGACUUCGGCGAUGUCAUUUACAAAAUAGCCUCCAACACUCUACUCAGCAAAUUGGAUGUAGUCUAUCACAGUGCCAUCCGUUUUGUCUCCAAAGCCCCAUAUAAUACCCACCACUGUGACCUGUACGCUCUUGUUGGCUGGUCCUCACUACAUAUUCGUCGCCAAACCCACUGGCUCCAGGCCAUCUAUAAAUCACUGCUAGGCAAAUCCCCGCCUUAUCUUAGCUCAUUGGUCACCAUAGCAACACCCACCCGUAGUCUGCGCUCCAGCAGGUAUAUCUCACUGGUCAUCCCCAAAGCCAACACCUCCUUUGGCCGCAAUUCCUUCCAGUUCUCUGCUGCCAAUGACUGGAACAAAUUGCAAAAAUCUCUGAAGCUGGAGACACUUAUCUCCCUCACUAACUUUAAGCAUCAGUUGUCAGAGCACCUUACCGAUCACUGCACCUGUACACAGCCCAUCUGAAAUUAGCCCGCCCAACUACCUCAUCCCUAUAUUGUUAUUUAUUUUGCUCAUUUGUACCCCAGUAUCUCUAUUUGCACAUCAUCUCUUGCACAUCUAUCAUUCCAGUGUUAAUACUAAUUGUAAUUAUUUUGCACUAUAGCCUAUUUUAUUGCCUUACCUCCAUAACUUGCUAAAUUUGCACACACUGUAUAUAUAUGUAUUUCUGUUGUAUUUUUUGACUUUGUUUUGUUUUAGCCCAUAUGUAACUCUGUGUUGUUGUUUUUAUCGCACUGCUUUGCUUUAUCUUGGCCAGGUCGCAGUUGUAAAUGAGAACUUGUUCUCAACUGGUUUACCUGGUUAAAUAAAGGUGAAAAAAAACAACAAAAAAAACAUGGAGGUGGAAACAUUAUGCUUUGGGGGUGUUUUUCUGCUAAGGGGACAGGACAACUUCACCGCAUCAAAGGGACGAUGGACGGGGCCAUGUACCGUCAAAUCUUGGGUGAGAACCUCCUUCCCUCAGCCAGGGCAUUGAAAAUGGGUCGUGGAUGGGUAUUCCAGCAUGACAAUGACCCAAAACACACGGCCAAGGCAACAAAGGAGUGGCUCAAGAAGAAGCACAUUAAGGUCCUGGAGUGGCCUAGCCAGUCUCCAGACCUUAAUCCCAUAGAAAAUCUGUGGAGGGAGCUGAAGGUUCGAGUUGCCAAACGUCAGCCUCGAAACCUUAAUGACUUGGAGAAGGUCUGCAAAGAGGAGUGGGACAAAAUCCCUCCUGAGAUGUGUGCAAACCUGGUGGCCAACUACAAGAAACGUCUGACCUCUGUGAUUGCCAACAAGGGUUUUGCCACCAAGUACUAAGUCAUGUUUUGCAGAGGGGUCAAAUACUAGUUUCUCUCAUUAAAAUGCAAAUCAAUUUAUAACAUUUUUGACAUUUUUGACAUUCUGGAUUGUUUUGUUGUUAUUCUGUCUCUCACUGUUCAAAUAAACCUACCAUUAAAAUUAUAGACUGAUCAUUUCUUUGUCAGUGGGCAAACGUACAAAAUCAACAGGGGAUCAAAUACUUUUUUCCCUCACUGUACACUGACUUUGUAUUGUUUAGUUUUUUGUCUUGAGAGCUUUUACAAAACAUAUUCCUAUUUAAUAUGUAUUCUAAUACUUACAAAUGUCGUAAAUUAACUUGACUUGCCUUUGCUUUGUAAAUACUUGGGUGGUCUAGACAGGUUAUCGUAGAAAUCUGUGGUCUAGACGGUACUGUAGAAGUCUUUGUGGUCUGCCAAGGUUACGUCGAAAUACUUUGUUGGUUAGACAGGUUACUGAGAAUACUUUGUGGUCAGACAGGUUACUGUAGAUCCUGUGUUGUCUAGACGGUUACUGUAGAAACUACUUUGUGGUCAGACAGGGUUACUGUAGAAUACACUUGUUUGUCUAGACAGGGUACUGUAAAUACUUUGUGGUCUAGACAGGGUUACGUAAAUACUUUGUGUCUAACAGGUUACUGUGAUCUUUGUGGUCUAGACAUGGUUACUGUAGAAUACUUUGUGUCUAGACAGGUUCUGUAGAAUACUUGUGGUCUAACAGGUUACGAGAAUACUUUGUGGUCUAGACAGGGUUACUUGUAGAAUAGUUGUGGUCAACGGUUACGAAAUACCUUGUGGUCUAGAGUUACUGAGAAUACUUUGUGUCUAGACAGGUACUGUAAAUACCUUGUUUGUCUAGACAGGGUUCUGUAGAAACUUUGUGGUGGUUAGACAGGUUACUGAGAAUACCUUGUGUUAGACAGGGUACUCUAGAAUACUUUGUGGUCAGACAGGGUUACUGUAGAAUACUUUGUGUUAGACGGUUACUGUAGAUACUUGUGUCUAGACAGGGUUACUGUAGAAUACUUUGUGGCUAGACAGGGUUACUGUAGAAUACGUUGUUGUCUAGACAGGGUUACUGUAGAAUACUUUGUGGUCUAGACAGGGUUACUGUAUAAUACUUUGUGGUCUAGACAUUGUUACUGUAGAAUACUUUGUGGUCUAGACAGGGUUACUGUAGAAUAUCUUGUUGUCUAGACAGGGUUACUGUAGAAUACUUUGUGGUGGUCUAGACAGGGUUACUGUAGAAUACUUUGUUGUCUAGACAGGGUUACUGUAGAA